UUUGGCAGAGUGUUAGGGACCUGGAGACUCUAUACUUUUCCUUUCCAACAAUCACACUUCUGGGAAUUUGCCUGAAGGAACUGAUCCUAAAACAAGAAAGGCAGCGUACCUAGCGUGAUCUACUGCAGGGACAUUUGAGAUAGGACAUCGUCGGCUUGACAGGUAAAAUGUCUGCUCCAGGACCCUACCAGGCGGCCGCUGGGCCUUCGUCGGCGCCGACCGCUCCCCCAUCCUAUGAAGAGACGGUGGCCAUUAACAGUUACUACCCCACGCCUCCUGGCCCCGUGCCUGGGCCAGCCACAGGGCUCGUGGCUGGCCCGGAUGGGAAGGGCAUGAACCCUCCUGCGUACUACACCCAGCCAAUGCCCGUCCCCAACGCCAAUGCAAUUGCCGUGCAGACGGUCUACGUGCAGCAGCCAGUCUCCUUUUUUGACCGCCCAGUCCAGAUGUGUUGUCCUUCCUGCAGCAAGAUGAUUGUGACUCAGCUGUCCUACAAUGCUGGCGCUCUCACCUGGCUCUCCUGUGGGAGCCUGUGCCUGCUUGGGUGCAUAGCGGGCUGCUGCUUCAUCCCUUUCUGUGUGGACGCUCUGCAGGACGUGGACCAUUACUGUCCCAACUGCAAAGCUCUCCUGGGCAGCUACAAGCGUUUGUAGGACUCAGCCAGACCUGGAGGAAGCCGUGUGUGGCAGCAAAGUCCUUUCCGACUCUCACCCAGCCCCACCCCUGGUGGAGGUUCCACCUUGGUGGUCUCGCCUCUACAGGGGGGCUUCUCCUUCAUGUCUACUUUGUGGGGGGGAACAUCGCAAAAGUAACACACUUCCAAACCCCAGCAAUUGCUGCCUCGAGUCGUGCACAGGACAUGCAAAGACAGUGACCUUGAGUUCUGGGUCAGGGGUUUCCUGCCUGCCCGUGACCCCAACUCAUCCCGUCUACCUGUGAUUGUUGCCCCGUCUGAAUAUCUGCUGGUGAUUUGCCUUUCCAGCUUCUUUCCUUGCCUCAGUGGGCCUUUCCAGUAGUGGCUCCCACUGAGAGGCCACAGGUUGCCUUAUUUUUGAGACUCUUCUGGCCCGAAUAUGGCUGAACCAGCCUUUAGUGCCUACCACCACAUGUCCAUCUGUUUCCACUUCUGGUGACAAAAAUCUUGCCUUACAGACCAAGGCCUUGGUUCUCAGAUUUUGUAACUGCAGGCUUUUCAUUAGCACAUAAAUUCACUUUAGUUUCUUAAUUUGUUUUUAAGUACAUGGAGGGGCUCUUCACACCCACCAGACACAUAUCCAUGAGGUCAUGAAUGCAUGCUAGAAAUAGAGAGCUGGAUCUUAUCGUUGAUCUGCCUUCCCUUGGUUGUUUGUACCAGAUCCUCGGCCACUUUCCAUGAGGAGCUUUCUUCUUGUAGAGGAAUUGUUUGUAUUAACAGUUUUUAUGACCUCCUUUGGUCUUAAACACCUUUGAACAUAAUUUUGAAAAGAGGGAUUUAUAGAACCAUUCUCUGUAACGAUACCGUUGGUAUCAUUUUCCCAUUUGCUAGGGCACUCACAUAUUCUUUUUUUCCUUAACAGAGAAAGUAAUGGAUAAUUGCAUCCAUUGCCUUUACUUGGGUUUAGAAUGUUCUUAAAAACCUCUAUAAUGGAACUCUGAAAGUGGAGCCCCUUUUGGGUUCCUGACAGUGUGUUUGGAAAGACAAAAGCUUAUGUGAGCAUAUCCAGGUACCAUGGUGCCGAAAAGCUUGGGGACCUGAACUACAAAGGAAUCUAAAGCCUGAUUUUAUUUUUCAGAAAUAUAAUUUGUUGUACAACAUCAGAAGACAUGAUUUCUAGGACUCAAGCAGCAAGCCAGAGUUCUUGGUUUGCUGCUGUGUCAUCUUUGAAAUCAAGACAAAGCCGGACUCGACUUCCAAGAGUUCCCGUUUUGAUAAUACAUAGACACAGGAAACGCUUGUGAAUAAUAUUAUGUAAAAAUCAGUCCUAGACCUUGAGUGAAAAUCUGUAUAUUGGCUGAAAAUUAUAGUCAUAACCAUUGAUUCAGCUUAUCUGUUUGAUGUUUUUGAAAGUUCCAAUAAUUAUUUUUGCAACAAAUAUGGAUACUACAUCGUACGUUGGUGUUUAUCUGCUUUUAAAAAAUAAAGUCUUUGGUUCACUCGGUGAACUAUUUAUCAAUUCUUA